AUGACGACACCAAACCCCAAAGCGCUCACGGCGCAGGACCUGCCCAAGCUGCUCGAGGACGACAACCGCGUCAAGCUCGCCGGCCUCGACGUCGACGGCAUCCUCCGCGGCAAGGUCGUCUCCAAGAAAAAGUUCCUCUCCGUCGCCGAGUCCGGCUUCGGCUUCUGCUCCGUCAUCUUUGGCUGGGACAUGCACGACAAGACGUACAUGCGCGAGCUGGGCAUCUCAAACGCCGAGAACGGCUACCGCGACAUGCUCGCCAUUCCCGACCUCAGCACCUUUCGCAGGAUCCCCUGGGAGAGCAACAUCCCCUUCUUCCUCGUCAGCUUCUUCGACCCCGAAACCAAGAAGCCCGUGUGCGCCUGCCCGCGCGGCCUUCUGCAGACCCAGCUCGAUCGCAUACACAGCAAAGGUUACGGUGCAAUGGCCGGUGCCGAGUACGAGUUCUACACCUUCAAGACGCCCGACGAGUCCAAGUCCCCCGCCACCUUUCUGCAACAAAACCCCCACGACAAGCUGCCCUCCCUCACCGAGGGCAUGUUUGGCUACUCCCUGAACCGUCCCGUCCACAACAAGGACUACUACUACGAGGUCUUUGACAGCUGCGCCGACUUUGCCUGCGGCAUCGAGGGCUGGCACACCGAGUCCGGCCCGGGCGUCUUCGAGGCCGCGCUCGAGUUUGACGAGGCCGCCGAGAUGGCCGACCGCGCCAGCCUCUUCAAGUAUGUCGUCAAGAGCGUCGGCACGCAGCACGGCAUCAUCCCCUGCUUCAUGGCCAAGCCCAAGCAGGGCCUGCCCGGCAACAGCGGCCACGUGCACAUGUCGCUCGUCGACAAGGAGAGCGGCAAGAACCUCCUCGCGCGCGACACGCCCGACGAAAACGCCCAGUGGAAGGACAUUGCGCACCUCUCCGACCUCGGCCGGCACUUCCUCGCCGGCAUCCUCGUCGGCCUCCCCGACAUCAUGCCGCUCUUCGCCCCCACCAUCAACUCGUACAAGCGCCUGGUCGAGAACUUCUGGGCGCCCGUGACGGUCUCGUGGGGCUUCGAGCACCGCGCCGCCUCCAUCCGCAUCCUCUCGCCGCCGACGUCCAAGCCCGCCGCCACGCGCUUCGAGGUUCGCGUCCCCGGCGCCGACACCAACCCGCACUUUGUCAUGGCCGCCAUCCUCGGCUGCGGCUGGCGCGGCGUCGAGAAGAAGCUCGAGAUUCCCUGCCCGCCGCUCGCCAUGGGCCAGGACGUCGGCGGCGACGCCGACAUGGGCGAGCGCCUCGCCAAGAGCCUCAAGGAGGCCACCGAGCGCUUCAUGCGCAAGGACAGCAUCGCGCGCGAGGUCUUUGGCGACGACUUUGUCGACCACUUUGGCGGGACCCGCGAGAAUGAAGUUCGCUUGUUUGACGAAGCUGUAACGGACUGGGAGAUGAAGCGUUAUAUCGAAACAGUCUAA